GGAUAGAAAAUCUGGAAAAAAAGAAAAAAAAGAAAAAGAAAAAAAGAAAAAGAAAAAGAAAAACCUCCACGACGAAGAAGGGGACAAAAUAAUGAAGUGAGAAUCAGAGAGGUUUAUUGAGUUUUCAUUUGACGUCACUGUCUGAGAGUGUGCCGGAGAUGGAGGAAAUGAGUUCGUCGAGUGAAAAUUGGGAUAGUCUUUCUGAGUUCACUCUAAAAGAGAUAGUGGAAAUGGAGAAUUUAUAUAAGGAGGUAGGAGAACAAUCACUCGAUAAGGAGUUUUGCCAAGAUGUUGCAAUGAGGUAUAGUUGCAAAUCAAGUCGUGCUGGAAAACCUUCUAUAACAUGGGAACAGGUGCAUAAGUGGUUCCAGAAUAAACAUGAAGGGCUGCAAGCCAAAAGUACUUCACCACCUGCUGCCUUUAAGUUAUCUGUUGAUCUUUCAGGUUUUUCUGUUCUUGAAGAACCUGAAAGUUCUCAAAAACCUGAAGGUAAAGGUCCCACUGAUAUUUCGGAGUUGGCAUUUGAAGCUAAAUCGUUGAAAGACAAUGCAUGGUAUGAUGUUGCUUCAUUUCUCUCUUACAGAGUUCUCUGUUCAGGUGAACUUGAAGUUCGUGUACGGUUUUCUGGCUUUGGUAAGGAAGAAGACGAGUGGGUUAAUGUGAGAAAUGCAGUGCGUGAACGAUCUAUUCCUUUGGAACCUUCAGAGUGUCAUAAGGUGAAUGUUGGGGAUCUUGUGCUAUGCUUCCAGGACAGGGAAAAUCAUGCGAUUUAUUGUGAUGCACAUGUUAUAGAGAUCCAGAGGAAGUUUCAUGAUAUAGGGGACUGCAGGUGCAUUUUUGUUGUUCGCUACGAUGAGGAUUACACAGUGGAAAAGGUUCAUUUGGGAAGGAUAUGCAGUAGACCCGCUGGAUGUGAUUGGUCAGCCAAUACCGAUAUCUUGGCUUUUACGGAUGCUAAUACUGAUAUUGAUGCCCAACAGGAGAUGUGUGUGGAUGAGAAGUUGAAAUUAUCUUUUCUUUAUUAGAGCGAGACACUGAGAUGUUGUCAAACUUUUCAUUUUAAAACUUUUAUUUUACUUGGUUUCUUUUCCUUUGUUUUCUCAGUUGCUGCUGUUGUAAAACAACUACCAAACAGGAAUUAUUUAAAGUGGAAGAGAUUUUAGAAUCAUUCUUCUCUAAAGUUUAUGAGAAAUGCUACGUUCCCCUUUUAUUAGA